GGAACGUUGCCUAAACGGUCCCCUCUCCCUCUAUAUAGUUCCUCCACAUAUCUCUCACAUACUAUGCCAAAGCUUUGAACUACGCAGUUCUGCUCUGCAUCCAUUGUGAAGAAGAACAACCACAACAAUGGCAGCCGCGGCGGCAGCGCGUAUCUCUCUCCUCCUCGGCCUCGCCGUACUCUCGGCCCUUGUCGGCCCCUCGCAUUCCCUCGAUUGCGGUUCCCAGAAGUUCUCCAACAGCAGGGUCUUCUCCAACUGCUCUGACCUCCCAAAGCUAGACGCCCACCUUCACUACACCUACAAUGCUUCCAACUCCUCCCUCUCCAUUGCCUUCACUGCCGCCCCGGCCAAUGGCGGUGCGUGGGUGUCCUGGGCCAUCAACCCCACUCUGACGGGCAUGGUCGGGAGCCAGGCCCUCAUGGCUCUGAAGCUCUCCGACGGCUCCAUCAUUGCCAAGACCUACAACAUCUCGUCCUACCGGUCCAUUGUCGAGUCCAAGCUCUCCUUCGACGUGUGGGACCUCACCGCCGAGGCCUCUAAUGGCGCUAUGACCAUUUUCGCCUCCUUGAAGGUGCCGGAAAAUACGACCACCUUGAACCAGGUGUGGCAGGUCGGCGGUGUCGUCAACGGGACCCAGCCGUCGAUCCAUCCCCUGGAGGCGGAGAACAAGGAAUCCAAGUCAAAGCUGACACUGGCAUCCUCCACUGGCACCAGCCCCAUCUCCCCCCCUGCCCCAGCACCUUCUCACUCCGAUGCGGCCCCGAUGUUCCGAUCGGGUGGUCUUGGUCUCAUUUCUGGGCUUGCUCUGUUGGUCGGGAGCGCUAUACUGUCGUAAGAUAUGGGUCUUAUAAUGCGCUAAGCCGAGAAAAUGGGAAUAAGCAGUUGAUAUUAUGUCUCUAUGAUUUAUUAUCUUCUUCUUCGAUAUUUUGUGGACAGUUUAGGGAGAUAUAUAGUUGUGCUUUUGUCGUUUCUCUUAUUUUCCAUUGUCAAUGCAAACAUUUAAGAAAAACUUGAGGUGUUUAUUUUAUUUUAUUUUUCCGCUGGA